AAUUUUGCGAAAUCCAGCAGGCUAGACGUCCACUGCUGGCGCACGAGACGCUGCCGAAGCGAGCGCGUCGCAUCGGGGCAACCAUGAGCACCAGCUGGCUCCUCCUCUGUGCCGUCGCAAGGGCCGACCUCGUCUUCGACCCCUCCGUCGAGCGCGUCAUCGUGAACGUGGGCAGCAACACGCAGCCCUCGCUGAGCCACGACCCCCAGACGGUGGCGAUCGCCGUCGAGCCCAUGGUCGGCUGCCGCAUCCGGGAGCAGCGGAACCUCCAUGUAUUACAUGCGGCCGUCGCGGCGAACAACACCUUGGCGUUUAUGCAGUGGUACAACAAGUUUGGGGAAAGUUCGUCGUUGGGCACGGCGACGGAGAAGGCCGAGUACACGACGCGCUACCGGGGCAAGCGGAAGAUCGUGAACGUGAUUUCUCUAACAACGCUCGUCGAGAGCAUUCCGUUGACCGUAAAACUGUGGUACCUCAAGACGGACAUGCAGGGCUUCGACUUUGAUGCAUUACGGAGCGCCGCCGACAUAUUGAGAUCUGGAAGAGCUCAGUAUGUGAUGUCCGAGGUCUGGUGGGAUAGGUAUCAAUCGUACGCGGGCCAGAACAACGACUUUUGUUUGCACCAAUAUCCUCUGAUGAGGGCGCUGGGUUAUGAGCUGGUCGACGUCGAGAACGGCUACCAAUCCAAUAAGUACCACGGCAUCGAGCGGCUCAAGACGCUCGACACGAAACAAAUAAGGUCCCACGACGAGAUCCUCAAGAUGUGUUCCAUGCAAGUCGACGCGCCGGACAAGGCCGGCAAGUGCAACGAGGGCGACGCCUACUGGAAGCACGCUUCGGCCACUCUUCCGCCGCCGCGGUGGCGCGAGCAGACGGAGAAUCCCAAACGGAGGCGGCUCAUGCGGCUAGACGGGUCUUUCUAAGUUUCAACACUCGGGGCGACGGCGUGCGAGGGCGGGGGCGGGGCGGGCGUUCGGUCACGCUUUCCCACUUGCUUUCCCCGAAGUCGGCCGGCCAGGUAGCUAGGCGGCAUAGGCAUAGUCCUAAGCAAAGCAAGUUUCG